AUGCUCUCGGGCCUGCUGCCGUGCAUCGCCGUCGCCGCCCGACCCGCCUUCCAAACCAGUGAGGAGCUCCUCGCCAGCAUCCUGCAGGCGGGUGGGAACGUGGGAGCCACCUGUCUGACUGGCGAGGGGCGAGUACUCUUCGGGCAAGAUGCGGGGCGCAAGCAGCGUCGGGCGGCGGUGCUGGCCAUCCUGCACUGCAUCAUCGCCAAGAGAGACAAGAAGCAGAAGCGGCGGCGGUCAGGCCCUAUCCUGGGCCUGAUCAGUCAGACCGUACGCGAGCACGGCUUCUGGGCCACAGUGGCUCACCUCGACGACGUGCGGUUUCAGCGCAAGUUCCGGCUGUCACGCAGUGCCUUUCGGGACCUGUGCGUGCUGCUCGGGCCGCACCUUACGCGUGAAGGUGGUCGAGGCGGGGCGCGCGCCGGACAUGCCGCCCCGCCGCUCAGCGUCGAGACCAAGCUGUCUGUGGCCCUACGCUUUCUUGCGGGAGCGUCAGUCGAGGAUCUGGACAGGUAUGGAGUUGAGCGCAAGAGCAGCAUCAUGGGCUGCUGCGUCUGGCCAGUCGUGGGCGCAAUCCACGCGUGCCCCGAACUGGAGUUUCGGCUCCUUCGCGCGCUGAAGAGCGCGAAAGCCGGCGACUCGCGUGAGCUCAGAGAGAUCCAGGCCGGCUUUGACAAGAAGAGUGGCGGGAUGUUGCCGGGGUGCAUCGGUGCCCUCGACGGAUGGCUGCCAGCAAUCCACAAGCCGCCUGUCUCGUCAGAGCUGCCGCCGCCACGCAACAAGGUGGCCAACGCCAUGAUCUACUUUUGCUACAAGAAGUACUUUGCCCUGACGUGGCUGGGGGUCGCCGGCGCUGACCAGGAGCUUCUCUACGGCGCGUACGUGUCGCCCGGCGGACAAGGCGACGCUGGAAGCUGGCCUCUGUGUGAGCUGGCGUGCUGGAUCGAGGAAAACGGCCUGCCCCAGGGCUGCUGGUUGAAUGCCGACGAGGCUUUCAAGGGGUCCGAGUCGUGCGUGACGCCGUACCCUGGCUCUGUGUCUGCGGACCACCGCAAGGCAAACUUCAACCACUUCAAGUCCUCGCUGCGCAUGCCCGUGGAGCAGUGCUUCGGCGUGUUUUGGCGCCCUUCCCGCAUGGGAGUUGACUGCUUCCCGCACCUCAUCUCAGCAUGCUUCAAGCUGUCCAACUUUAUGCUGCGCUACCGGAACGCCGAACGCGAGGAGGAUCGCUGCGACGAGCAGCUGUUCCGCAGCACCGCCGCGGAGGAGGGGGGCGAGCGGUCGAUUGACGACGUGCGCGAGAUGCUGACGCGCAACUUCGCCCCAAUGAAGAAUGCCCCCGGCCUUCCAAAUGCGGCACCGAGCUGCCGCAAGGGGCGCUGGGCGUUGCCGAGCGGCCAACCUCGUUGGAUGCGGUCCGCCAUGAUGGACAAGUCAGCGCUGCGCGACUCGCUGGCGGACAACGUGAUGCUCUUUGACGCGGUGCGGCCGGGCGGCAAGCACGCCACGCGCACUCAGGGUGCGCCUCAAUCGUGA